AACCGCAGCGCCAGCCCCAGCGGUGCAGAGCCGCAGCCCGGGCCGGGGCCGGCGGCGGCUCAUGGACAGCGGGGCCGGUGGCCGGCGCUGCCCCGAGGCGGCCCUCCUGAUUCUGGAGCCUGUCAGGAUGGGGCCCCUGAGGCCCGGCCCAGGCCCUGAGGGGCAUCGAUUGCUGCUGACCCCCUUGCUGCUGGCACUGCUGCUCCUGCUGGCUCCAUGCCCAGGUCACGCCACACGGGUAGUAUACAAGGUGCCAGAGGAACAGCCACCCAACACCCUCAUUGGGAGCCUCGCAGCUGACUAUGGAUUUCCAGAUGUGGGCCACCUGUACAAACUAGAGGUAGGCGCCCCAUACCUGCGAGUGGAUGGCAAGACGGGUGACAUUUUCACCACUGAGAACUCCAUUGAUCGUGAGGGGCUUCGUGAAUGCCAGAACCAGCUCCCUGGUGAGCCCUGCAUCCUGGAGUUUGAGGUGUCUAUUACAGACCUCGUGCAGAAUGGCAGCCCCCGGCUGCUAGAGGGCCAGAUAGAGGUACAGGACAUCAACGACAACACACCCAACUUCUCCUCACCUGUCAUCACUCUGGCUAUCCCUGAGAACACCAACAUCGGCUCACUCUUCCCCAUCCCGCUGGCUUCAGACCGUGAUGCCGGCCCCAACGGCGUGGCAUCCUAUGAGCUACAGGCCGGACCUGAGGCCCAGGAACUAUUUGGGCUGCAGGUGGCGGAGGACCAGGAGGAGAAGCAGCCCCAGCUCAUCGUGAUGGGCAACCUGGACCGGGAGCGCUGGGACUCCUACGACCUCACCAUCAAGGUUCAGGAUGGUGGCAGCCCCCCACGUGCCAGCAGUGCCCUGCUGCGUGUCACUGUGCUUGACACCAAUGACAACGCCCCCAAGUUCGAGCGGCCCUCCUAUGAGGCCGAGCUGUCUGAGAAUAGCCCCAUAGGCCACUCGGUCAUCCAGGUGAAGGCCAAUGACUCGGACCAAGGUGCCAAUGCGGAGAUUGACUACACGUUCCAUCAGGCACCUGAAGUUGUGAGGCGUCUGCUGCGACUGGACAGGAACACUGGACUUAUCACUGUUCAGGGCCCUGUGGACCGUGAAGACCUGAGCACCCUGCGCUUCUCAGUGCUUGCCAAGGACCGAGGUGCCAACCCCAAGAGUGCCCGUGCCCAGGUGGUCGUGACUGUGAAGGACAUGAAUGACAAUGCCCCCACCAUUGAGAUCCGGGGCAUAGGACUGGUGACCCAUCAAGAUGGGAUGGCUAACAUCUCAGAGGAUGUGGCAGAGGAGACAGCUGUGGCUCUGGUGCAGGUAUCUGACCGAGAUGAGGGAGAGAAUGCAGCUGUCACCUGUGUGGUGGCAGGUGAUGUGCCCUUCCAGCUACGCCAGGCCAGUGAGACAGGCAGUGACAGCAAGAAGAAGUACUUCCUGCAGACCACCACCCCGCUCGACUACGAGAAGGUCAAAGACUACACCAUUGAGAUUGUGGCUGUGGACUCUGGCAACCCCCCACUCUCUAGCACUAACUCCCUCAAGGUGCAGGUGGUGGACGUCAACGACAACGCACCUGUCUUCACCCAGAGCAUCACUGAGGUUGCCUUCCCAGAAAACAACAAGCCUGGUGAAGUGGUGGCCGAGGUCACUGCCAGUGAUGCUGAUUCUGGCUCUAACGCUGAACUGGUUUACUCUCUGGAGCCUGAGCCAGCUGCCAAGGGCCUCUUCACCAUCUCACCCGAGACUGGGGAGAUCCGAGUGAAGACAUCCCUGGAUCGGGAACAGCGAGACAGCUAUGAGUUGAAGGUGGUGGCAGCUGACCGGGGCAGCCCCAGCCUCCAGGGCACAGCCACUGUCCUCGUCAAUGUGCUGGACUGCAAUGACAAUGACCCCAAAUUUAUGUUGAGUGGCUACAACUUCUCGGUGAUGGAGAAUAUGCCGGCGCUAAGUCCAGUGGGCAUGGUGACUGUCAUUGAUGGGGACAAGGGGGAGAAUGCCCGGGUGCAGCUCUCGGUGGAGCAGGAUAAUGGUGACUUUGUUAUCCAGAAUGGCACAGGCACCAUCCUCUCCAGCCUGAGCUUUGAUCGAGAGCAACAAAGCACUUACACCUUCCAGCUGAAGGCAGUGGAUGGUGGCAUCCCACCUCGCUCAGCUUAUGUUGGUGUCACCAUCAAUGUGCUGGAUGAGAAUGACAAUGCGCCCUUUAUCACCGCCCCUUCCAACACCUCCCACCGGCUUCUGACGCCCCAGACACGUCUUGGUGAGACAGUCAGCCAGGUGACAGCCGAGGACAUUGACUCUGGUGUCAAUGCUGAGCUGACCUACAGCAUCGCUGGUGGUAACCCUUAUGGACUCUUCCAGAUUGGGUCACAUUCAGGUGCCAUCACCCUGGAGAAGGAGAUUGAGCGGCGCCACCACGGGCUACACCGUUUAGUGGUGAAGGUCAGUGACCGUGGCAAACCCCCACGCUACGGCACAGCCUUGGUCCAUCUUUAUGUCAAUGAGACCCUGGCCAACCGCACACUGUUGGAGACCCUACUGGGCCACAGCCUGGACACACCACUGGAUAUUGACAUUGCUGGGGAUCCAGAAUACGAGCGUUCCAAGCAGCGUGGCAACAUCCUCUUUGGUGUGGUGGCUGGUGUCGUGGCUGUGGCCUUGCUCAUCGCCCUGGCAGUGCUCGUGCGCUACUGCCGGCAGCGGGAGGCCAAGAGUGGUUACCAGGCUGGUAAGAAGGAGACCAAGGACCUGUAUGCCCCCAAGCCCAGCAGCAAAGCCUCCAAGGGAAACAAAAGCAAGGGCAAGAAGAGCAAGUCCCCGAAGCCUGUGAAGCCAGUGGAGGACGAGGAUGAGGCCGGGCUGCAGAAGUCUCUUAAGUUCAACCUGAUGAGUGAUGCCCCUGGAGACAGUCCCCGCAUCCACCUGCCCCUCAACUACCCACCAGGCAGCCCUGACCUGGGCCGCCACUACCGCUCUAACUCCCCACUGCCUUCCAUCCAGCUGCAGCCCCAGUCACCCUCGGCCUCCAAGAAGCACCAGGUGGUGCAGGACCUGCCGCCUGCAAACACAUUUGUGGGCACCGGGGACACCACGUCCACGGGCUCUGAGCAGUACUCCGACUACAGCUACCGCACCAACCCCCCCAAAUACCCCAGCAAGCAGUUACCUCACCGCCGCGUCACCUUCUCAGCCACCAGCCAGGCCCAGGAGCUGCAGGACCCAUCCCAGCACAGUUACUACGAUAGUGGCCUGGAGGAGUCUGAGACACCAUCCAGCAAGUCAUCCUCCGGGCCCCGACUCGGUCCCCUGGCCCUGCCUGAGGAUCACUAUGAGCGCACCACGCCUGACGGCAGCAUAGGAGAGAUGGAGCACCCCGAAAACGACCUUCGCCCUUUGCCUGAUGUUGCCAUGACGGGCACAUGUACCCGGGAGUGCAGUGAAUUUGGCCACUCCGACACAUGCUGGAUGCCUGGCCAGUCAUCUCCCAGCCGCCGGACCAAGAGCAGCGCCCUCAAACUCUCCACCUUCGUGCCUUACCAGGACCGAGGAGGGCAGGAGCCUGCGGGCGCCGGCAGCCCCAGCCCCCCGGAAGACCGGAACACCAAAACGGCCCCCGUGCGCCUCCUGCCCUCCUACAGUGCCUUCUCCCACAGUAGCCAUGAUUCCUGCAAGGACUCGGCCACCUUGGAGGAAAUCCCCCUGACCCAGACCUCGGACUUCCCACCCGCAGCCACACCGGCAUCUGCCCAGACGGCCAAGCGUGAGAUCUACCUGUGAGCCCCCUUCUGGCCAGCUGGCCACCUCCCUCCCAGAGCCGCCGGCCAGCUCCCAGAUGGGCCCAUUCCAGGGUCCCACUCUUGACCCCUCCAGCAUG